ACUUCACUUAACUGCGAAUAGUUUGUACUUUGUACCCAAACCAUAUUACAGUCGGGUUCUUCGAGAGGCCAGACGGACGCCAGAUCCACUCCGAGAGAGAGACAAGCGAAAGUUUGUAUAACUUAACUCGAAGACCAAGUUUUGGAUCUAAUACAACACCAGAAGAGCUGUACCUACAAGUAACUCCAAAAUAAAAAAGAAGGAUGGCUGAAAAAGCUAGUACGUCCCAAGCUGAUGAUCAGCAUUACAAUAUCAGAAUAUUAUAUUCUGAUAUGGUGCUAGGUAUAAGUAAGAAGAUCAACCCAAAUAAGAAAUCGACCUGGCUGGACCUUUUGACCGCACUAGAACCAUUGUUACCUGAUGAACUCAAUGGUGACGACAUUACACAUUUUGGACAAAUAUGUGAGAAGCUGAGGGCAAAAGGAAAGAUCGAUCGUAUGAGAGGUUCCUUUGAGAAACUCUAUGACGCACUCCUUAAAGUUGAUGUUGAAGCAGCCGAGGUUAUUAAGGAGACGUCAAUUAAGAUAAAAGCACUCCUGUCUGAAGGACCACCGGCAGCAAAAAGACAGGGAACGGAAAGAGAGAGGGACCUGAAUGGACCACCAGCAGCAAAAAGACCGAGAACUGAAAGAGUGCUGAACGAAAAGUUUGCAGCUAUGAUAGAUACAACAAAGUCUACAAUUCAGACAGAAAAAGAAAACAACCAGUUUUUUCCUACCAAAAGUCUCCAAGAUGCCCGUCAAAAACUUCUGGAGAACAAGAUCGUUAUAAUCCAGGGAAACUCGGGGGACGGGAAAUCAUCUACUGCGCUAGAACUUCUCCGUUUGCUGUGCUGUAAUGAAGAGGAGGGGCAACAUAAACGAUGUCGACAACCACUACAACUACACGAGAUAAAAGACUUAGAUUCAGUUGCACCAAAGUCACAAUUAGCUAUGUAUUUUGAUGACAUCUUUGGAAACAAUGUUGUGUGUCAGGAAGAUGUGAAAGAAUGGGAGGAACGAGAAAAAGAAAUUAUUGCAAAACUUUGUGGAAAUGAAUCUGAGUCCAAUUAUCUGGUCAUUACAAUUCGCAGUGGAAUGAUUAAUUCUUUAAGUGGCCUGGGAAAAUUAUUUACCAAAGAAAACAUUGUUGACCUUAGCCAGUACAAAGAAGAAAAAGAAAAACUUGCAUUGUUAAGAUUGUAUCAACCAAAAACUGAGUUUGUUAAAUGGACAGAUGAUGAGGAGAAACAGAUUGUGGCCUCGGCCCCAGACAUUGGGUUUCCACAGUGUUGUAGAUUAUUUAGGGACACACCUAGUUUACAAACAGAGGGAGUCGAAUUCUUUGAAAGACCUUUGCAUUAUUUUAAAUCCUCUUUAUCUAAAUUAGAAGACGGGAAAUUUUAUGGUCUGCUGUAUCUGUUUCUCAAAGGCGGCUCAGUUCUAGAACAUGAUUUAGACCCUUCUAUUGAAAAUAUUGAGGAAAAUGAGAAAAUGAACGCAGCAUUUGCUUUUGAUGUAGUAAAAGUUAACCUAACACCUGAGCUUAUUCACAAAAUAGAGAAAAAGAAAGCUGAGUUUGUAAAGGAGUCAUUAGAAUGCCUUUUGGGUUGGCUGGUGAAAAAAGAAUCUACACUGUGGGAAAAAUGUCCCUCUUACAAAUUCAACCACGACUCCAUUGAGGAAACAGUGGCACUUUUGUAUGGAGAGAAAACUCCCAUUGGCUACAUACAGAAUUGUCCUGAAGAAUUCCUCAGUUAUGUAACUACAACAAAAAACGCCCCAAACAGAAUAGUUAUAUCUUCUGACAAUCAAACCAAUGCCAUGUAUAAACGUAUAGUGAAAGAGUUAGAAUCUGUUGAUCCUAAAAUUUACUGGUAUUUGAGGAAGUAUGACUAUUUAGCUACAUUAGAUGUAUGGACAGACACCCUGUUUCUACAGGGAUUUAUUAGUUGGCUAAGUGGUCAGAAUGAUGACAAAAACUUACACCAACUGAUAAAAUGCCACUUGUUAAAUGGAGCUUGCUCUGCUGGUUUAGAAGAUCGUGUCUCGUAUCUCCUUUCUGUGGGUGCCGCACCUAACAAUGAUACACUGUUUUGUGUAGUGAAGGGUGGGAGUGUACCACUUCUGACGCAACUAAUGAAGUAUGACGUCAUUCCUACAGCGAGGACAGACAGGUCACUAUCAUCAUAUAUAUAUGAUGCUUACUAUAUCAAUGUCCUACACGAGGCGUGUUUGUUUGAGAGAGAAAAGAUGGUGACAAUGUUGUGUGACACCUAUCCACACUUGGUACAUGAGACUGAUAACAGUAGACAAAGCACGCUCCAUCUUGUGGCACUGACAGGAAACGUUGGUCUAUUUCAGACAAUGGAGAGAUUGAUACUUAAAUCAUUGUGUAGAGUUGAGGAUGAACAACAUAAGUGUGAGACAGAAGAUGGUCGUGUGGUACAUAGGAGUUGUGUGUGUGGUCAGUACAUGUCACAGUUAGUGGACAAGGACGGGCAUACAAUAUUACAUUGGAGUUGUAUGUUGGUACACAGGGAGCUUAGUUUAGAGCUGUGUCAGUGUUACCCAGCACUAACUACAGCUGUAGAUAACCGUGGGUAUAAUUGUCUACAUUUUAUAGCCAGAGAGACACCAUAUGUAGACAUGUUCACUGAUUGUGAACGUCACGUAAAACAGUACGUAGAGAAAACAGGAGGUAAGUAUGACAUCACGACCAUACUUACUAAUGACGGGAAAUCUGUUUUAGACCUGGCAAAGAGGUGGACAGAGAUGGAGGAGUUAGAUAACAGCCCAUUGUAUGAUCAUCUUGUCGAGGUGUUUACUAAGUAAAUGUGUUAAAUAUUCACACUUCUAUACACUAACUUGUGUAACAUAAUGACAAAAUAAACAGCAACGAACAGAACACUGUGGAAACCUUUUGUGGGAUCAUCUUGUCAAGUUUAUUUGUAAAUAAAAGUACUUAGAAAUAUUCA